ACAUAUUUUAGAAACGCUUUUUUCAAUAAUUUUGACAGAUUGCAGUUUGUCCUUCUAGGGUGCCUGUAUUUGACCUACGAAAACAUUUUGGAUUUUUAAACGUUGGGCGCCUAUUCUACUGCAUCUUUUGUGAUCAAGACAAUACAGGACAGAAACAUUGAUCGGUGAAAGAAUGGACUCUUCUAUUGCCAGUGAUGUGAAUGCAUUUAAGACGCCCUGCAAACCAGACAAGAUUAAAAGCCCUCUAUCUGAUGGCGCACCCAGUCCUAGAACCCCUAUAAUCAUCCCUGCCUCCCCUUUCAUGAAGAAACUGGGAUGUGGAACUGGGGUGAAUGUUUAUCUCAUGAACAGACUUGGUACAUUUAACCAGUCUCCAUGGGCUGUCAAAAAGAUCAACAGCAAAUGUGCCUCAAAACAGGUGGGUGUAUUCCAGAGAAGACUCAGUGACGAGGCAAAGAUCCUGAAAGGCCUGCACCACCCAAACAUUGUUGGAUUCCGUGCCUUCACCACUGCCAAGGAUGGCUCCAAGUGCCUGGCCAUGGAGUAUGGUGGGGAGCAGUCCCUGAACGACCUGAUAGAGAGGAGGAGAGAGGAGGGCCUGAAGGCUUUUCCAGCUGCCACCAUUGAUAAAGUGGCCUUACAUGUGGCACGUGGCCUACAGUACCUUCACAACGCGAAGAAGCUACUACAUGGCGACAUGAAGUCUUGCAAUGUUGUCAUCAAGGGAAACUUUGAGACUGUCAAAAUCUGUGAUGUGGGAGUCUCCUUGCAGUUGGAUGAGAAUAUGAAAGUGAGUAACCCCAAAGCAGAGUAUGUUGGCACUGAGCCGUGGACGCCCAAGGAAGCUCUGGAGGGAGGAGUGAUCACUGACAAGGCAGACAUCUUUGCCUACGGACUGACCCUUUGGGAGAUGAUGACUCUGGCCAUGCCUCACAUGGAGAUUUUGGACAGUGAGGAGGGGGACGUUAUAUUCUCAGAUGAUUCAUUGGAGGACGGCUUUGAUGAGGAUGCCUACUAUGAGAAGUUGGGCACCAGGCCAGUGCUGGACUCUGACAGUCUCGGGGGAGCCUACCAGAGAAUGGUGGAGCUGUUCUGGCUCUGCACGGAGGAGAAUCCACAGAAACGCCCCUCAGCUACCCAAAUAGUUCAGGUUCUGGAGUCCAACAUGCAGGUGGACAACAAAAAUAGUGAGGUCAUUGUCAUAGACUGACCAGUCCCAUCAAGCCAUACCAUACUGUCAUGACUAGACCGGUGUCCAGAAACCUUGACUUUUGUAAUAUCAUUGUAUUAUUCUGUCCUGUACUCCUUUUUCAGGUGAAACUUGUAAAUCAUUUUAUUUACAUUUCAGUAUACUGCUAUGAGAAGGAAUUCAAAGAAGUAGGUUUUUCCUCCAGUUGUUUAAACUAGAGUUGACUAAUACUUGAGCAUUUGUGUCCUGUGGGCAUACAUGGUUUGUGCUGCAUAAUCUAAAAUGGAAUGUGUAGUGUAUAUUCAUUAUAUGCUGUAAAGUGUAAUGAAUGUCAAUCAUGUGAUUAAAUAAAUUGCUCAGA